AUGCCGUGGUUUGCUCCUCGGCCGUCGCGGAGCCAGACCCGGUACCUGCUGGGCAAGGGCCUCCUGGUCGCGGGGCGCGGCCCGCGCCCGCGCGGCGGCGCCGCGCCCAGCGAGGCCUCCGAGGGCGACGUGCGGUACCUCCGGAGAGCAGGGGCCUGCUGGCGGUGGGGCGCGAGGGCCGCGCUGCUGGCGGCGGCGAGGGCUCGGCGGCGAGUCGCUGGGUCAUGGUGCGGUCGUUCGCGGGCUUCGGCGCGUGAGACCUUCCGCGGCGCCCGUCGCCGCGAGAAUUAA